AUGUCAUCAAAGACUAGAACACAAAAAUCAACAACAAAAUCGAAUAUAUUAAAAUCUUACGAACAAUGUUUAAAACAAGGAAUUUCUAAUGAAAAAAAAUAUGGAUCUGAUUUUACAGAUGGUUUCAUUGUCGAACGAUAUUCAUAUCCACCGUAUUCAUGGAAUAUGAAUCAAUUGACAUCCCAUGACAAGAAUAUCAACAAACAACGUAACAAUGAAAAAUCAAUUCAAACAUCGAAGAAAAAAAUUAAAUCAAAAUCAAUUUCAAGAAAAAUGAAAUCGAAUACAUUACAACGUUCAAAAUCGAAAUCGAAAAAAAAUCAACAAUCAAAAUCUCAAAAACGAUAA